AUGACCAACUUGAGUAAUAAGGGACUUGAUAUGAUGCUAGAAUUGCUGACAAAGGUUUUACCGAAAGGUAACUUAGUUUCAAGGUCAACUUAUGAAGCAAAGAAGAUAUUACGUGACUUGGGCAUGUCAUACGAGCAUAUAGAUGCAUGCAAAAAUGAUUGUGCACUAUUUUGGAAGGAAAAUGAAAACCUUGAUAAAUGUCCGGUGUGUGAAGCGCCUAGGUACAAGGAUACACAUGCCCAAGGUAAGAUGAUUCCUCAUAAGGUAUUGCGUUACUUCCCGUUGACACCGAGACUAAGGAGAUUGUACAUGUUGGGCCAAAGAGCUAAGGACAUGAGAUGGUAUAUAGACAAAUGUAUGGACGAUGGAAUAAUGAGGCAUCCGACUGAUAGUAAGGAGUGGAAGGAGUUUGAUUAUACAAUACAUGACUACCCUGGAUUUGGUAACGUGUCUGGGUGGAGGAUAAAGGGUUAUCAUUCUUGUUACACUUGCAACGAUGAACCAUAUUCAGAAGCUUUGGAAAGUAAAAUUGAAUUCAUUAACCAUCGAGUUUAUUUACCUAUGGAACAUCGUUGGAGACAUAGUCAAUUGCAUAAUGGUUUAUCAGAGAAACGAAAGAGAUCUUUAGAGUUACAAGUGGGAAAAAUACAAGAGCAGCUAGAUAGAAUGCCAAAUAUAAUUUUAGGAAAGCAUCCAAGUAACAAGAAGAGACAACUCAUUGGGGAGCCAAAUUGGUCAAAGGUAAGUAUUUUGUACAAGCUUCCAUAUUGGAAGAAUAAGAAGCUUAAGUACAACAUUGAUGUUAUGCAUGUGGAGAAGAACAUUAGUGAGAGUGCUUAUGGUACUUUGUUGGGCAUUGAGGGGAGAAAUAAGGAUAUUGACAAAGCACGGAUAAACUUGCAAAAUAUGAACUUUAGGCAUACGUUGCAUUUGAAACAAUAUCCUGAUGGAUCAUAUGACAAGCCUCGGGCUUCCUUUUCAUUAAGCCCAAAUGAAAGGGAUGGUUUUUAUGACUUUUUAAAUCAGUCAAGUAUCCGGAUGGCUAUGCAGCCAACAUAUUAA